CCAGUCAGCAUGAUUGACGAGAGUGUAGCCACGCAGACUUCUCACGACGAUGUGGAUACGUGGAUAGAGAUGCUCAUGAGUUGCAAACAGCUCUCCGAAGUAGACGUCAAGAAGCUAUGUGACAAGGCGCGCGAGAUUCUGAAGGAUGAGAGUAACGUCCAAGCAGUGCACUCCCCCGUCACAGUCUGCGGCGAUAUCCAUGGCCAAUUCCACGAUCUCCAGGAACUCUUCAAGAUCGGUGGCAAGUCACCCGAUACCAACUACCUCUUCAUGGGUGAUUACGUCGAUCGUGGCUAUUAUUCAGUGGAAACGGUCACCUUGCUCGUUGCCCUCAAAGUCCGCUACCGAGAACGCAUCACCAUCUUACGUGGUAACCAUGAAUCUCGACAAAUCACACAAGUCUAUGGCUUUUACGAUGAGUGUUUGCGCAAGUAUGGCAAUGCGGGUGUGUGGAAGCACUUUACGGAUUUAUUUGACUUCUUACCCUUGACGGCGCUCAUUGAUGAUCAAAUCUUUUGUCUGCAUGGUGGAUUGAGUCCAUCCAUUGAUACACUCGAUCAUAUCCGGUCGUUGGAUCGUAUCCAGGAAGUUCCUCACGAAGGUCCCAUGUGCGACUUGCUCUGGUCUGACCCGGAUGAUCGAUGCGGUUGGGGUAUAUCGCCGCGUGGAGCAGGCUACACAUUUGGUCAAGACAUCUCAGAAGCCUUCAACCACAACAAUGGCUUGACCCUUGUUGCGCGAGCCCAUCAACUGGUGAUGGAGGGCUACAAUUGGUCGCAGGAGCAAAAUGUCGUGACCAUCUUUUCUGCACCGAAUUACUGUUAUCGGUGUGGCAACCAAGCAGCGAUUAUGGAGAUUGAUGAGCAUAUGAAGUAUACGUUCUUGCAGUUUGACCCGGCGCCGAGGAACGGUGAGCCGAUGGUGACACGGCGUACACCUGAUUACUUUUUGUAAAGAGAGCACGAGUAGCAGAAUCAAGAUACAGAACUCAUUGAAUGGCGCAGUAUUUGCAGUGAAGAAUAGUUUGGUUCUAGU